CUUUACUCUUCGUAUUUUUGUAGUAUAUCAUAACUCGUUAACUUCACUAAUCGUAUUAUACAUACAUUCUUACUUAAACCAAUAAUGGCUAAAUCGAAAAUUAUUGGUCCCAUCAUAGGACAUCCGCAUCUCCUAGGAGAUGUAAGAAAUUUGAAAAUCUCUGGACCUCAACCACAACAUACAAUUACUUCAUCAAUAACAGCAAAUAUCAUUUUAGUGGCUAAAUACUCUUUCCAAGAAGAAAAUAGUAAUGAAUUAUCAAUUAAAAAAGGUGAUAUUUUAAAACUCAUAAACAGAUGUGGAGAUGGCUGGUUAUUAGUUAAGUUUGUCGAUAAACUUGUCGAUCCUGGCUUAAUACCUGCAUUGUAUGUUGAUAUUGCCGUUAACGAUCCAAUAAAUCCAAUUACUUUAAAUUGGUUACAUUCAACAGACGAAGAUUACAAUCAUAGUACUAAAUUAAUUGAAGAUUUUCAUUAUCUUCAAUUUCAAUUAAAGGCAGAUUCAAAUUCUAAACCAUUAAGUAUUAAUAAUAAGGCUUAUCCUAUUGCAGCUUCAAUUUCAAACUUUCUGUUAUUCAAAGAUAGAUAUUGGUAUAGAAUUGAUGUAGAAUAUUCUGAUCAUUCGAAAACUCAUAUUGGUAGAUAUUAUCAAGACUUUUAUCAAUUACAUAUUAAUUUAAAGAACCUAUUUGAUUUGAAUGUUAAUAAUGAUAAGUCUAUUGAUAUUGAAUCCUUGAAAUUACCAAAGUUACCUGAACCGAUGUCAAGCUAUGAAGAAGAACAUGAUGAAGCAUCUAUUACAUUAUUAUUAAAGCGUUGUAAUGAUUUACAUUUAUAUGUGAACAAAUUAAUUCUUAAUAAUUAUUAUCAAACUUCAUUUGUUUUAAUUGAUUGGCUAGAUUUAGCAAAUGAUAAAGAAGGGCUCAAAGGUUUUAAAAAUGACCCUAUCAUUGAUAAUCUUAGUAAUGAUCAAAUUAAUGAGAAGAUUCUUCCGGGUUCAAUUAAUGUUGUUAAGCAAUAUUAUGAUAGAAAGUUGCAUGAGCAAGUCUUUGAUGAAAAUAAUGAAGGUGAUGUUCCAAGAAGAACAAAAACCAAAAACAUAUAUAAUCAUUAUCAACAAGCAAAGGAUUUCACAAGAAAUGGUAGUAUUAAUAGAAGUGACUCCAUCGGGGUUAAUAGAAACAACUCUGUUAGUGUUGGUAGAAAUAAUUCUACCAGUAUUAAUAUUAGAAAGAAUUCUGUCGGUGUUAACAGAAAUAAUUCUACAGGCAUUAAUAGAAAUAACUCCUCGGGAUUUAAUAGAACUAACUCUACAGGUAUUAACAGAAAUAAUUCUAAUUCAUAUGAUAGAACUAAUUCAAGUGAAGAAUCCGAGGAUAAUUCACCAAAUUCUAGUUUCAAUACCACUGCCCCUUUAAACACAAAUAUGACUGCAAAUACAUCUUAUGGAUCUGGUCGUUCCACAUCAUCGACUUCACCAGGUAGAAGCCAAUUACCUUUUUCUUCUAAUGUCCCUCAUCCUGUUAGAAUCAAUGGCGGUCCUCCAAAAUUUUCAAAUGGUAGUCCAGCAUUGAAUUAUUCACCUUCACUGCAAUAUUCACCUCAGUUUUCACCUCAAUUUUCACCUCAAUUUUCUCAGCCAUAUGCAUCAAUGUCUCCUCAGAUGAAUCAUCAGAAUCCUUAUAAUAAUCAUCAAUAUAUUAAAUGUAAAAUUGUUAAUUUCAAUGAUGAAAUUGUUGCAAUUCGUUUAAAUAAAGCUUCAAUUAAAUCUAUUAAUGACAUUAAGGUAUUAAUAAAACAGAAAAUCUAUUUCACAAAAUUAUUUAUAAAAUUACCAAAUUCAACUAAUUACGAGAAUUUAGAUAAUGCCAAUUUUGACAUUUAUGAGUUUUUAAGGUUCAAUGAUAAGGUAUACCUCAAAAUUAGUUGAGUUUCAUUAUUAUUAAGAAAUGGGUCUUUGGAGCUCUGGAUAGUUCAAAGAAAUGCUCUCUUCAAUUCACAUGUUUGUUCUUACUACUCUGUUUCUACUCAAUUGUAAUACUUUUAUUGUAUACUUUUAUUGUAAUACUUCUAUUGUUAUAUUCACUAC